CCGGAAGACAACCUACUGUGGCGUGAAACUACCUCAUGAGAGAUGGCUUCCUCUGCGAAACUGGCAUCUUUCCGCCUGCCUCCCCUGCCCACAAUAGGCGAGGUGAUAAAGCUGUUCAACCUUCGAGCUGAAAAACAGCUGUCCCAGAACUUUCUUCUGGAUAUGAAGCUUACAGACAAAAUUGUCCGUAAGGCAGGCAGUUUGAGAGGCGCCCAUGUUUGUGAGGUGGGUCCUGGCCCCGGGGGAAUAACGCGCUCAAUCCUUAAUGCUGGUGCCGCAGACCUACUGGUCGUAGAGAAGGAUAAACGUUUCAUCCCUGGGCUUCAGCUCUUGUCUGAGGCAGCACCGGGGAAGGUCAGAAUUGUCCAUGGUGAUAUACUCACUUACAACAUGGACGGGGUAUUCCCGAGAAAUAUCGCCAAACCAUGGGAGGAGGAUCCUCCGAACCUUCAUAUCAUUGGGAAUCUACCUUUCAGUGUCUCAACUCCCCUCAUUAUCAAGUGGCUGGAGAACGUGGCCAACCAGACAGGGCCCUUUGCCUAUGGACGCACCCGACUCACGCUCACUUUCCAGAAAGAGGUGGCAGAGCGGCUAACAGCGAGUACGGGCAGCAGACAGAGGAGUCGUCUGUCCAUUAUGGCCCAGUACCUGUGCACCGUCCACAGCUGCUUCACCAUCCCCGGACGUGCCUUCAUCCCCAAGCCUGAGGUAGACGUGGGAGUAGUUCACUUCACCCCUCUGGUACGUCCCCAGAUCCAGCAGCCCUUCAAGCUCGUAGAGAAAGUCGUCAGGAAUGUUUUCCAGUUCCGCAGGAAGCACUGCCGCAAAGGAAUUGAAAUGCUGUUCCCGGAGGCACGUCGUCUUGAGCUGACAGAGACGCUGAUGUGCGAGGCAGAUGUGGACCCCAUCCUGCGCCCAACGGAAAUCACCAUCCCCCAAUUCAGGGCACUGGCGGAUGCCUACGCCCACCUCUGCGCCCAAGAGCCCAAUCUUCUCACCUACGAGUUCAGAGAGGAACUGAGGCUAAAGCGUCUCGGUAGGCUGAAAGGCACAUCUCCUGGCACGCUAGCAGGUGCGCCACAGCUAAGCCUUUAGCCGCCCCGCUUGAAAAGACAGGCGUUGGCAGCACAUAAAUAAAGAGAAACCCCGCUAAUGGCCUGUCGUAGUGCAGAGACACAACAGACUGCUCUUAGCCUUGACAUUUCCACCUGGCAUAAGCAUGCAUUUUUAAAGCCUUCUGCUCCUCACCCCUGGAGGCGAUGGGUAUCUCGAUCUUCACAGCGUCCUAAAGACAGCGACAGCAGCCACAAUGUAAAUAAAAGAGGUAGGCAGGAGGCUGCACAAACUAAAGCAGAUUUAGACCCAACCCAGGAACUUGCUCUUGUGGAUAUGUCAAAGUUAAGCUGUUACAGGAGAUGGAGAUGACUCUGGUUAGCUUUUAAAAUGAGAGGACUGGUUCCCAAUGCCUGGCUUAUUCCCUUUCUGAUGUUCCGACUCUUACCUCAGAUCCAAGUCUCUCAGCGCCUCGUCCUCUGGGAGCUGAAAAAAGAAGCCCGAAAGCAUUUUCAGGGUGAUUUAGAGAAUGGGAACAAGAUAGUAGCGCUAUAUCCAGGCCAUUUUUCUCCUCUCUAUGUAUUGCUCAUUCACCAGGGAGAUGGAGCGGAAAGGGAGGAGGAAAAGUGCUCGAAAUUUGUCAGCCCAGGAUAGACUCCAGCAAUACCUAUGAGAGGGCUCUCAUGUUGAUGCCUCUAUUAAAAUGAAAUUUUCGCAGGUAAUCUAUUUCACAUAGUUUAGCGUUUGAGUGAGGAGACACUUGGUUCAUUUUGCCUACUGCAUGCUCACCCAAAGAGUUCUGUGACAUAAUGUUAAUAUUUUUUUUUUUACUUACCUGGCAGUACUGGUAAGUAAUCCUACCCGAUAGUCUUGUUUCGAUCCGUUUUUCUGAAAAAAAUGUGUUAUUGAUGUA